AUGACAAAUGAGACCACUGUGACAGAAUUCAUUCUCAAGGGCUUCUCAGACUUUCUUGAACUGAGGCUGGUUAGCUGUGCAUUUGUGCUUUUCAUCUACCUCUUUGCCCUCCUGGGGAACAUCUCCGUCAUCGCAGCUGUGACCAUAGACAGCCGCCUCCACGCCCCUAUGUACUUCUUCCUGAAAAAUCUGUCCUUCUUGGACAUCUGCUAUACCUCAGUCACCAUCCCCAAGGCACUGAUCAAUUCACUCAUGGGCACAGGAGUCAUUUCCUUUUGGGAAUGUGUGGCUCAGCUCUUCUCGUUUGUAAUGCUGUGUGCAUCUGAGUGCUUUUUGCUCACAUCCAUGGCGUACGACCGCUGUCUGGCCAUCAACAGGCCCCUUCUCUAUGGGGUCAUUAUGAGUAGAAAGCUGUGUACAGAGCUUGUCAUUGUAGCCUGGUUGAGUGGAGCUCUCUACGCCAUCUUCCACACAAUUAACACCUUUUCCCUCCUGUUCUGUGGGCCCAACGUCAUUGAUCAUUUCUUCUGUGAUAGCUCCCCCAUCAUGAGACUCUCCUGCAGUGACCCCCAUACCAAUGAGGAAGGUGGAUUUGUAGUGGGAGGGUGCAUCAUUCUCGGGGCCUGUGCCCUCACCAUAAUCUCCUAUGUUCUCAUCAUCUCCACCAUCGUUCAGAUCCACUCUGCUGAAGGCCGUUGGAAGGCUUUCUCCACCUGCUCCUCUCAUCUGGCCACUGUCAUUCUGUUUUAUGUCACUGGGAGCUUUGCUUACCUGAGACCCGCUUCCCAUUACUCUCCCACUCAAGGACGGCUAGUGUCUGUGUUUUACUCCAUCCUCACACCCAGCCUCAACCCUGUUGUCUACUGUCUGAGAAACACAGACAUGCAGGUGGCCCUGAAAAACCUAUUUGCUCCGUCCAAAUAG